AUGACUUUCUACCAGUUAACAAACAUUCAGGUGAACCCAAUGAAAUCAGUACUUGCAGCAAUAACAAAAUCACCAAGCCCAGAGAUAAAAUUUAACAACACAACAAUAAAGGCAAUAGACGCAAAAGCAAGCUUCAGAUUCCUUGGCUGUUGGUAUACAACUGGCAAAAAACAUACACCAGUACACAAAAUUAUAAAAGAAGAGGUGACAAAUGCACUAAAAUGGAUGAGACGAGCCAGAAUCACUGACAAACAAGCCAUAUACAUAGUCAACACAGUAAUUCUCACAAGAAUUGCCUACCGAAUACAAAACACUACCUUGGCACCCUCAACAUGCAAACAAAUUACAAACAGUUAUACAAACAUGAUAAAACACAAAGCAGGCCUGGCAUCUAGCAUACCAAACUCAACAAUGCAUCAUCACAAAUAUAUAGUCUUAGAACGGUAG